AUGAAGCAUGUCGAGCGCAAAGACCUAUACACCUCUCUUCCAAAACGUUUACACUAUCUUCAAAGCUUCAUUGAAUGGGGUCAAGCCGACAUCGACGCGCUCCGCGGAGCUCAAGCGUUCGUCAAGUCUUUGAUACCAACAGUAUGCGAAAAAGUAUACAACAAGAUUCUAGAACACGACAUCACAGCGCAAGCCUUCCACAACCAAAGCACGAAGGGCGCAAACGACUUAGACGUGGACGACUAUAUUAGGAAAGAGAGCCCCGCGAUCAUGAAUCGGCGGAUGUUCCUAAGGUGGUACCUCACAAAGCUCAACCAAGACCCCUCGAAGCCAGAGUACUGGGAGUACCUCAACAAAGUCGGCGCAAUGCACACCGGCCUCUUUCGCCGACAACCCCUAACCGUCGACAUCAUCCACAUCAGCAUGAUGAUCGGCCAUGUCCAAAACACCCUUAACGCCGCCGUCAUCUCCGCCCCCGAGAUCCCGACCGACUCGAAAGUCAAGAUCGUUACCGCCUUUGGUAAGCUGCUCUGGAUCCAAAACGACCUCUUCUCAAAGUGGUUCGUCAAGGAUGGCGAAGAGUUUGGCGAGAGCAACACGAAGCUACAAUACGAAGCGGCGAUAAAGGGGGGCAAAGCGGAUGACUUUGUGGGGUUUGGAGGGGAGAGGACGUACUGCCCGUUUAGUGGGGUGGCGCGGACGUUGAAGAAUCAGGUGGACGGGCAGCCAGGAUAUGCCUAUGCAGUUGGUAGCGGGAGCGGUGCUAGGAGUAUGAGGUAUGCGUGA